CGCGAUGUUUCGCGUGUUCUCGCUCCAUCUCCGAGAAAAAAAAAAGAAAGAAAGCGGUUCGCAGCGGAGGCAAGUCAGUUGACGCGGCACUGGGAGCUGGAGGCACAAAAGGAGGCUGCAGGUGCUGCAGGUAUGAUCAAAGGUGAGAGUUCUGUCAUGGUUGGCCAGAUCUUCUACUCUCCAGCAAACUCCUGCGGUGCACCAGCAUCAUGAUAAACCUGCUCCUUCCACAGACUCUGCUGAAGCUGCUAUCGCCAUGGUGAGAGAGAGCUCCUGGACUUUGACUCUGUUGCCAUGGUAACUCUGUAGCACGAAACCUAUAACUCCAGUCUGUUGCCGUGGUUGUCACAUAAAACGACCCAGGUAACUAUUUCAGCCUUCGGCCAUGGCGAUGCUGUGGAGACGCCCUGUAAAAUCGUAAGUCAGUUGCUAUGGUAAUUUGUUAAGCAAGCAACAGUCAGUAUGGGAACGUCCAGAAUGUUCCGCAUUUUUGUAGUCCUGGGCUCGGCCUUCAUGAUUCUUCUGAUCAUCAUCUACUGGGAUGAUGUCGGGGCCUCCCAUCUCUAUUUGCACACUCCCGUAUCGCCGGGCCCCAAAAUCCUACAUCCUCCUCCCCAGCAGAGGCCUCAAACCUCUCGAACCCCGUCCUUCCUGUCAGAUAUCGAUGCCUUCGUUAACCAGUUCUUAGAGCCGGGAACUGGUGAGCCCACCGACCCUGCUCUGACAGACACAAGCAACCAAUCAGAGAAAGCAGAAGAACGGUAUAUACCGCGGAGGGAGUGGAAGAUUCACCUGACUCCAGUGGCAGCAGAACUCCGUGAGAGACAGGAGCAGCGGAGGAGGUUACUUCAGGAGAUGUGUGCCAAUGACAGUGUGGUGUUUCCCGGCAAAAACCGUUCAUUUGACGACAUUCCCAACAAGGAGCUGGAUCAUCUUAUUGUAGAUGACAGACAUGGUAUUAUCUACUGCUAUGUUCCAAAGGUGGCAUGCAGCAACUGGAAGCGCAUCAUGAUAGUUCUCAGUGAGAGUCUGCUGCAGGACGGUGUUCCCCAGAGGGACCCACUAGCUAUUCACAGGGACCUGGUCCACAACAGCAGCAUGCACUUUACCUUCAAUAAGUUCUGGAAACGUUAUGGCAAGUUUGCAAGGCACCUUAUGAAGGUGAAGCUGAAGAAGUACACCAAGUUCCUUUUCGUGAGGGACCCCUUCGUGCGUCUCAUCUCUGCCUACCGGAAUAAAUUUGAGCUGCAAAAUGAAGACUUUUACCGCCGCUUUGCACAGGUCAUGCUGCGUCGCUAUGCCAACCAGCCCACACCUCCUGCCUCGGUGGAUGAGGCCUUUGCUGUGGGUAUCCAUCCUUCUUUCUCCCACUUCAUCCAGUACCUCCUGGACCCUCAGACAGAGAAAGACAUGCCCUUUAACGAGCACUGGCGACAAGUCUACCGACUCUGUCAUCCGUGCCAAAUUCAGUAUGACUUUGUGGGCCACUUGGAGACGGCAGAGGAGGAUGCUGAGCACCUUCUGCGCCAGCUGAGGGUGGACAACGUGGUGGAGUUCCCCACCUCUCACAGGAACCUCACGGCGAGCAGCUGGGAGUCCGAUUGGUUCAGCACAGUACCUGUCGAGGCACGCAGAGAACUGUACAAGCUGUAUGAACCUGACUUCAGGCUGUUUGGCUACGACAGACCAGACUCACUCCUCAAUGAGUGACUGAUGUUUCACAGAGCUGCACAGACACACAGAUAAAACUUUUUUAUAUGGACUGAAAUAAUGCUACACCCCAACAACAGUGACAGAUUUUGUUCUGGGUUUCAUCUACGCUACGCUGAAUGUACACAUUAUUAAGGGCACUCAAUCAAGGAAGCACAAUAAUUAGGCAAAUCACAAAGAAAACAAAGAAUGGGACAGUUAAAAUACAGACUGUGCAAGUAAGUGUUCCUAAAAUGUUGUACAUUCAAUGUAGUCCUUAACUACGAACUCGAUGCUGAGUGUUUUCUACUCCCAUUUUUGAUGUCACACCAUGCCUGCCAUUUGUGGCCACAGUUGUGUUGUGAUUAACUGUGAUGAUCAUAGGCUUUUGGUCGCACGGUUUUGGAAAGAAACCGUACCACAGGGCUGUAUGAUGUUUGUGAUGGCGCGGAAAGCAUUUUAGCUGCGACGCUAACACAGAAGCAAUGGUUUAGGAAGUUCAGGCAUUUAGAUAAAACAGCGUUUUACUAGAUUAGUUGUAAAUGUAGUAGCUAAUUUAUUUCCCAUUGUGUAAGUGCAAUGUUUAUGUUGAGCAUGAAAGGGAUUUUUAUGUUAAAAAUACAUAUUAAUGACAGCUGCCAGCAGUGCAAAUACAUACACCUCAAACUGUUCUUUUAUACCUCAUACACAGGCAUGAAGAUUAUAUUCAUUUUGACAUACUCUAAACAGCAAACACUACUGCUUUUUCAGCCCGGGCACAUUUAGUGCAGCAUGGAGAAGUUCAUUAAAUUGUAUUAACAGAGUUAUUUCUGACUACAUUUUAGCUGCUUCCUUUAUGUUUCAAAGCAUGGUGCACAUGCCACAAUGUAGCCUCGUCGUAUCGAAGCACAGCAUCUCCAGGAGGCAGAACAUCAGGCCCAUCAGCCAGGUUUGCCUCAACUUGUCUUUGAGGCAGAAAUCUGGAGUUUUAGCAUUCUUCUGAUUUCAUCUCAGCUGUAUGCACACAGGUGGGCCUCUGUGUGUUUAAGUGAGCAGUUUUUUAAAGGGAACAUUUUCUUUUAUUUGCUUUGGUAACCAUCAGCAUUUCAUCAUCUUUUCAAACUGCACUGAACUACUUUGGGUUACCCUGGAGACUGCAACUGCUGUUUUCUUUUGUCCCUUAAAUAUGAUGAUGAACAUUUUUUACUCUUUAAGGGCAGCAUUUUCAGGAGAUGCAUUGUUUUUGUAGCAAGCAGCUGAGCACAUUACAUAAGACAAACAGUGAUUUUUAGUAUGUACAAUGCCACUGCACUAUUGUGAAGAUGCAUCAUGUUGGUUUGAUGUUGGCAUAUUAAGUACAACUAUAAAGCCGUUAGUAGUCGGUAGUAGUUUAAAGGUUAGAUCAUGGUUAGAGUUGGGUUUAUUCACACCAUGAGCUGUUGAAUUCGGUUAUUUUUUUUAAAUGAGUGGGAAGAGAAGAUAGUGCCUUUGGUUGCAAAAGUUUACACAGCAAAAAGUAUUUUUGUAGAUGGGUUUAAUUUUUACUUAAAUCACAAUACAGUAAGAGCUGUAUGAAGCCACAGCAAGGUGUAUUUGAUAUACUGGGCCUUCUUGUGUGGCUGUUACUUCAGACAAAUAAGAAACAACUAAGCCCUUUAGCAGAAUUGUAACUUUCUAUCUGGGAAUUUGUAUGGUUUCUCCUUCAGUGUACUUGUGUUUAGUGAAUUACACCGUAUAUAUUUCAUCACUCGUUUCUUUAUUGGAAUGAAUAUCGGGUCCACAUCUGUUGUUUUAGAUAUGUUGUAUAAAUACCGGUGACUUGACUUUACUUGACACAGGACUUUUGUGCAGUUUAGAUUAUAUGCGAUGUCACGUUGUUUUGCAACUUACUAGGAUGUACACACACUAUUAGUUUGCUGUUUUCUUGAUGCCUUUCGUUUAUUUGUUUUUAACUGUGGCGCGUUGUGCCAGUGUAAAAGGGUAAAACUGCAUUAUUUUUCCCCCAAAAGUCAUCACAUCUGCACAUGCUGUUUACAACAAAAGUGAAUGCAUUCCUGUGCAAUAUCGCUUAAAUGUCAAAUAAUUCACAAUUGUAUCACCUUUCAAUAAUUGCGUUAUUUUUACGCUGAUGAAUUUCCGUACUAACAAUCAAAGACAAAUACUUUAGGAAGACUACUUUUAAAGUACAGGCCCCAAAGUAGAAACUCAAUAAAAGUGAAUAUAUCAGUGAACACUGUCACACAAGUUAGAGAUCCUGUGAUUACUGAAACUAAAUUGAGUAUACCUCUAAUUUUGGAACUAUUAUAACUUUCUCAGUUUUGGACGUCUGUGCUGUGUCCGUCUGCAUUAUAGCUCCACAUGGAAAAGAAUUGCUAGAAUAUUUUGAUUAUGAAACUUCACUUCAAGAGGAAAAGGGUACAAUUAAUAAUCAGUCAAAACACAUCUACAGCAGAAAUCAGGAGGUACAGAACACGCUGUAGUAGCACUAUUCAGAGCCACUGUGGUUGUCCUAAAAUGACGCCACAGACAGUGUGGUACUUACACAAUCAAGCCUGAAAAGCAGAUGUACAAGGACUGCAGAUCAGGUAAAGGGGAUAUCAGUGGAAUUUUUAGUUUCUGUGACUGAAUAGUGUCCAAGACAAAACCCUUGUUUGCUCUUUGGUGCAAAACUGCAAGAUGAAACUGCUAAAGAAGAUGGAAAAAAAAGAUUGAUGAUGAUGAUGAUGAUUAUUGGAAACCCAUUCUUUGGGUAGAUGAGACCAGGAUAAAUUUGUUUGGCUCACAUGGGGUCCAGCAUGUUUGGCAUGAACCUAUACAGGACUGUCACAGUGAAUGCAUAAUCCCAACAGUGAAACAGGGAGGCGUGAGUGCAAAAGGUGUAAAAAUAGAGAUUUGAAUAUGUAAUGAAAGCUGUAUUGUGUUGUCUUGUAUGGAGUUCCUACUGUGUGGCCUGUAUUUUUGGUAUAGUAAACUGAAGCUUAUUUUUUAAUUUUAUAUCAGAGCAAAUGCUCCACUGUACAAAUCAGAAAUUGUGCAGUUACCAAGAGAUGAUAAAAUUUAAAAUCAUUUUUAUUCAUUGAGCAGUGCCAGUGUUAAACGGUAGAACUGCAUUUUCCCUCAACAGUCAUAUUCACAUCAGCACAUAAGUGGGAAAAUAUGCACACAAAGGGAAGCAGAAAGGGAAAACUCUCACUUUCCUGCACUCCCACCUCACCAGUGUUUGAAUUGUAAGUCGGUUGUAUUUUAAUGUAUUUUUUAUUUUCAUGUUCUUUGGUUGUAUUUUUUAUGUGUUUCUCCAGAUUCACCAUGCAGCAUUUAUCUUCUUAAGCUGUUUUUUCUGUCCAAGUGCGAACAGCCCUAACUGCAAGAUGGAUUCAUUUUGCAAGGCAAAAAGAAAUUGUUUAUUUAAUGGCAAAAUAAAAGCCAUGACUGACUUUUGCUUUUCCAAAGUAGAAAUCAGUCGUAAAGGGUGAAGCUUUUUUUAAGCACAGAGUUGUGGAUGCCAGUGUGCAACAAUUCUGCUUUGAACAGCUACGAGGUUGAUUUAAGCUGGAGUACUGAACCAUGUCAUCCCAAGAUAGUGGCCCACAUACAAAAAAAAAUAUUUUUGAAACUGAUUUUUUCCUAAAACAUGUAUAAAUAUUCAUCAGUUUUAUGGCGUCAUGUGUCAUUUGGUAUUCAUACAAAAGAAAUAAAGGUUUGGGGGCAUGGAGGAAGAUUUA